GUGGGCUUCAUUCAUCGAGAUAUAAAACCGGGUAAUUUUGCUAUUGGUCUACCACCUAAAACACAUUUGAUUUAUAUUUUGGAUUUUGGAAUAGCUCGAAAAUUUACCAACGAUAGUGGUGUUGUCAAGGGUCCUCGAUGUCAGGUACCAUUCAAAGGAACCGUACGGUAUGCGGCGCUGAACUGUCAUCGAGGCAAGGAAUUGGGACCGAAAGAUGACUGUGAAAGCUGGUUGUAUAUGAUAGUGGAUUGUUGCAAUGAGCAUGGCUUACCGUGGCGACAAGAGAAGGAGAAGAAACGAGUGGAGUUACGGAAGGAAGAGGCA